AUGGAUGGCCCAGACUUCAUUUGUACGUGUGACCCCACAUGGACGGGAACCUAUUGCGACUCACGGGUUGACUGGUGUUUAAGUAGCCCAUGCAAAUACGGGAAAUGCGUCAAUUACGCAGGUUCCCAUGGGUGUAUGUGUGAUUCUGGCUUUACUGGUAAACUCUGCGAGAAUGCUCAAGACCCAUGUGCUCUUCAUCCGUGUGUAAAUGGAGACUGUAUCUCGAGUAAUGAUACAUUUCGCUGUGUCUGUAGCGAAGGGUACACAGGUGAUCGCUGUGAAACUGUAGUCGACAUGUGCAUAUCCGCACCGUGCCAUAAUGGAACGUGUAUCAACUACGGCUCUUCUUAUAUCUGUGAUUGCUUUAACAGCUACACUGGUCAUUUAUGCGAAACACUGAUUGACGCCUGUCACUCAAACCCCUGUAAUGACGGGACAUGUAUUCAACAGACUGGAUCAUUUUAUUGUGAAUGUCUCGCGGGGUACACAGGGCAAUCGUGUGAUACGAUGAUUGACGCCUGUCAAUCAAACCCAUGUAAUGACGGGACAUGUAUUCAACAGACUGGAUCAUUUUAUUGUGAAUGUCUCACGGGGUACACAGGGCAAUCGUGUGAUACGAUGAUUGACGCCUGUCAAUCAAACCCUUGCGUCCAUGGCACAUGUAUUCCUGACGGCUCCUCGUUCCGGUGCUCUUGUGAUGCUAAACAUGUCGGCGAAAAAUGUAACAUCGUGGUCAACGUUUGCCUGUCAAAUCCUUGUGCCCAUGGUAUAUGCAUUCCAGAUGCCUCAUCGUACAGUUGCAUGUGUGAAUUCAUGUAUUCUGGUAAAAAUUGCGACAUCAUUGUCGAUCCUUGUAGCGCUAAUCCAUGUGGGAAUCACGGAAUGUGUGUCCCACGUGACUCCACCUAUUAUUGCGCCUGCGAUGUAGGUUUUACGGGUGAUCGUUGCGAGGCGGAUAUCGAUGAGUGCGGUGCCUCUACGCCCUGCUUCCCUGGAGUCCUCUGCUCCAAUGUCCUGGGUGGCUUCCGGUGUGCCGAGUGCCCGUUUGGUUUUAUGGGAAAUGGCACUCACUGCUCUAGAGCUCAUCGUGCACCAAUUGAAGAGAGCAAAACGCAUUGACCAUGUGCACACGGGCUACUAGCACAAGGAUCAACCCUGAUGUCGCAUUUUGUACCAGUAAACCCUUUAUGACAAAUGCACUCAAACGAGGAGUCGUCACGC